AUCAUUCAAAAUGGCGGCGUUGUGACUGUCAGACCAAAUUUUCUGUUUCAGAUACUGUAUUUGGUAGUAUCGACUGACAGCAAUGUAAAAUGAGUGUCUUUCAAAGCAUCAAAGGGACUUUUGCAGCAGGAUUGAAGUCUAUCACCUCUCGUGAUGAUAAAGAGGAGAAGCUGCAUCAUGUAAAAUCAGGAGUAUGUGUGGAUGCUGGGGCUGAUCUAUUGGACAGGUACCAGAACAAUUGGAGAGAACUUCACCAAGAUGCAGAACAGAAUGCUACAUUAGCUGAGAAUGUGGAUAGUCAAAUCACACAGUUGUUUGUGACUAUUGAUAGACAGGCAGAAAUGUUGGGACAGCUCCACACCACCGUGGCUGAUCUCCCUGUUAUACUAAACAAGCUUCAGGAGCUCACAGAUGUACUAGCAUCUUUGGACGAGGAGUAUGAAAAUGUAGAGGUGGCCUUGAUUCGUUUAGAGGACAUGUGUGAGGAACAAGAGCUUGCACAGGCCAAGGUGUACGACGCUCAAAAACUGUCCACCUACACUCACAGGAAGAGUGAAGAUCUCCAGAAAAUUAAAGUGGAGUUAGCUAAAGAUCAUGCCAAAAAGAUGGAGGGUUACGAAAAAAAUCGUCAGACAAAACUGAAGGAAAGACAGGAAGUUUUUGAACAGCAAUUUAACAAUGACCUUGAUUACUUCAAAUCCCAUGGUCGACUAGAAAGACUGUCCACUAGCAGUAAUGAUAGCAGUAAAAAGACAGACCUAGCGGAUAUCAGCUGGGAGAUGGAGAACACAAGCCUCGAUGAAUUCCUGGAGACAGACACUACAGUAUCAGGUAAUGUGGAUGUUGAACUAGAAGAUGAGGUUGAACAGAUCUCCGAGGAAGAGGUGGAGGAAGAAGACAGCGAGGAGGAGGAACGCAUUGAUGUGACAUUGCCUUACAAAACAGGAGGGGAGACAACUCAGUCUGAUAAUGUGGAACAGGAAAGUGGUGAUGCAUCAGAGCAGACCAGUGAAAGGAACUCAAAUGUUGACGACUCGGUUGGGAAUCACUCAGUACCCAACACAAGUGGCGUCUAGUACAGGAAACAGAGCCAUAUUUUACAGACAUUCCUGGAGUGGAUAUGAUAAAUGUUUGGUGCUGACCGUAGGGAGCCUGUAGCUGGCUCAGCUCUAGAUAAAACAUUGUAUAAAUUAAAAUUCAUAAGACUAUAGCAGGGAGUCAGGCCCUGAAUCUGGAUAUAAAUUAAAGUUUAUAAGACUAUAGCAGGGAGUCAGGCCCUGAAUCUGGAUAUAAAUUAAAGUUCAUAAGACUAUAGUAGGGAGUCAGGCCCUGAAUCUGGAUAUAAAUCAAAGUUCAUAAGACAUUAACAGGGAGUCAGACCCUGAAUCUGGAUAUAAAUUAAAGUUCAUAAGACUAUAACAGGGAGUCAGGCCCCGAAUCUGGAUAUAAAUUAAAGUUCAUAAUUUGGGAUAUGAAUUAAAGUUCAUAAGACUCUAGCAGGGAGUCAGGCCCUGAAUCUGGAUAAAAUAUUGUAUACAUUAACUAAGAAUGUAAGUCUUAGCUAUAAGUACCCUGAUGGUAGUUAUAGUCAAGUUAUAUCAACUGAAAACUUAACUCUGAAGACAUUGCAGUUAAGAUAUAUUACCUUCAUAUUUUUGGAAGAAGUGAAAUGGUGAUCCAUGUAUGGUCUUUUGAUUGAUGUAUGAUACUUUGAUUUAGAAAACAUGAUCUUGCUCUUGUUGACAUACUUGUUCCACAAUUUGGUUAAAAAUUGUUGUUUUUUUUCUUAUAUAAAUUUGUUGUAAAUAUUUCCCUUGGGGAGAAUAAAAUUAUAAAAUUGAUACUUUUUCUUUCAUCAUGAAUCUGAAUGAACCACUUUUACUGUACAUGUCAAUCAAGACAAAUGUUGAUCCCGUCUAAGCUUGAGGUCCUUGGGAAUAUAAACCAUUGUUAGGUAAGAACAGGUAUUAUCGACUCUCAUGUCGCCAUAUACGUGUAACAUACUUUAUAUACUGUAAAGUGUUGUUUUGUCAAGAGGUCAAACUUAAGAAGUUUUGUUCUAGGACUUUAAGUUUCUACAAUAUCGUUAUAAGUAUAACUCCAUAUUAAUAUCUGCUUCUAUACUGAAUUUUACACAGUGACCAAAACAGCAAAACUUACACUAAAGGCCACCUAAAUGUGACAAAAACCUGUCAAUAAAGGUCACCUGUAUGUGACAAAAACCUGUCAAUAAAGGCCACCUGUAUAUGACAAAACCUGUCAUUAAAGGUCACCUGUAUGUGACAAAACUUGUCAAUAAAGGCCACGUUAUGUGAAAAACCUGACAAUAAAGGCCACCUGUUAUAUGACAAAACCUGUCACUAAAGGCCACCUGUAUAUGACAAAAACCUGUCAAUGAAGGCCACAUUUAUGUGACAAAAACCUGUCAAUAAAGACUGUUAUGUGACAAAUCUGACAAUAUAGGCCACCUGUCUCAGUUCCCAAAUGUUAAUUAUAAAAAUUCAGUGUAUAUGGACCCCUAUUAGAGAACCUGCCUAUGAAGGUUAAAGUUCAGUGUAUAUGGACCCCUAUUAGAGAGCCUGCCUAUGAAGGUUAAAGUUCAGUGUAUAUGGACCCCUAUUAGAGAGCCUGCCUAUGGAGGUUAAAGUUCAGUGUAUAUGGACCCCUAUUAGAGAACCUGCCUAUGAAGGUUAAAGUUCAGUGUAUAUGGACCCCUAUUAGAUAACCUGCCUAUGAAGGUUAAAGUUCAGUGUAUAUGGACCCCUAUUAGAGAACCUGCCUAUGAAGGUUAAUGUUCUAUGGUUCCUUGAUGGCUGCUAUAGACAGGUUUGACUGGUGAUACAAUUUUAGGUAACGUACAGUUUACGUUUAUAUCUAAUGAUACAUAUAUGGUAUAUAAUAUGAUGGUGCUCUAACAUGUACAUAUUGUCAAGUGAAAGUUAGCAUAAUGUUGUCUGAACUUGGAACAAUUCUAGCAGAAAUUGAUCCAAUCGUCAGAAAGGGAACUACACUACUGUGGGACCAGGGUACAGUUAGACACUGGUGUGGGACCACGUCAAGGAAACAUUAUCUUAACUCAUCUUAAUAUAGUUUUGUUUGAACAAAUGCACAAUUGUAUUGUUAUUGUGUGGCGGGAGGCAUAGCAUUCACCCUGUCUAUCCGUCCAACAUGUUCUUAGUUCAUUGUUUUGUUUAGAUUUGCCUCUUGAUCGAUAAUCAUUUUGGGAUUCAGUUAGAUUUUCUGCAUUGAGGAAAUAAUUUAUAUGUCUAACAUUAAUGGAAUUAAAUUAAAUUUUCAUUUCAAAUCUUCAUUUUGGACUUUUUGGGCUAGGUGAUUUUUGUUUGGUUUUGUUCAUAUCCAUCUCACCGAAUUCUCUUGUAUUCAAUUUUGAUCUCCAGACACGAGUCACAUUCCUGUAUCAUGUAUUCCCUACACUUACCACAGAUCAACACCUCAAAGUUAUUUCAGCUUAUUGUCAUACCGUUUUGUGGAUUUGAACCAGUGUUAACCGUUUAAAUGUGAUGUGUUCAGGUUGUAGAACACGAUUUAUAGAUGUAAAUAAAUGAUGUCCUUGAU